AUGCCGCCGCCCGGCGGCUGCUGGCGGGUGCGGCUCGCCGCGGCGCUGCUGGCAGCGCUCCCUGCGCUGCUGGGACCUGCCGGUGAAAGAGCCCGCCCGGACCUGGUGGCACUCGCCGCCCCGCUGGAGUUCGAGACUUGCGCGGACCUGAACGACUCGGUGAAGGAAGAGCUGGACUACGAGGAGAGAGUGGAAGAGUCGAUCUUUGAUGGCGUCGGCGAGAUGGAAAUAGUCGUCAAUCUGGGUAUCAUGGGAACGAUCAUGCUCGUCUGCCUCAUGGAGAAGUGCCGCAUGCACUGGGUUCCAGAGUCUCUCGUCGUCAUCUUGGUUGGGGUGGCCCUGGGCGAGGGGCUGAGAGCACUCAUUUGGAGCAAUUACUUCAAGGAUGACACUGUGGAGAAGCUGCUGGCAGAGAUGAACGCGCCGUUGUUGAAUAUGCUUCUGCUGCCUAUCAUUAUAUUCGAGUCUGGCUGGUCCUUGCGGGCCAUGGACUUCGGCUCCCAAUUUGAGCACAUUCUCAUCUUCGCCGUGCUGGGCUCAGGGCUCGCGAUGAUCGUGGUGGCUUCCCUUAUAAUGGCAAGUUCAAGCAUUCAUGGUAUCGCCAACUGGAGGACGGCUUUGGUUUAUGCGUCCCUUAUCGCGGCCACAGACCCUGUGGCGACGCUGGCGACGUACUCCUCGUUGAAGGUUGACCCUUUCCUGAACAUCAUGGUAUUCGGGGAGUCUACCAUCAACGACGCGGUCGCCAUCACAGUAUUCAACAUUCUAAACAGUGACGCCAUCUUCGAGAAACCGUGUGCGUCAUUCGUCGGAGCCGUGGGCACGCAUUUUGGACAUAUCGUCUUGGGUAUUGCGAAAACGCUGUUUGGAUCAAUGCUGUUCGGCAUCGUUUUUGCAAGUUUAUCCAUCGUUGCCAUCCGUUUCUUAGCCAUGAGGCACUCCCAGACGAUGGAGACUCUUUUUAUCUGUUUACAACGGAGCCUGGCGUCGGGAUCGCAGAUCAAGCUCAUGUUGCGGGCGAUCGCCGCAGUGGGACUGCGGUCCCGCGGCAUGAACACUCAUCCGAGCGCGCGCUCGCGGGCUGACAGUCUCAGGUGCCUCCGCGUGCUGCACCGCCGGCCCAUCUGCUCGCGCGGGGAUCCGGCGGAGCACAUGCACCUGUCGGGGAUCAUCGCCGUUCUCUUCUGCUCGAUCACCAUGGGGAUCUACGCGCCCGAGCACCUGUCUCGGAAGGGUUACGUGCUCACGUCCUUCUUCCUCAAGGCCUGGGCCAGCCUCGCGGACAUGUGUGUGUUCCUGCUCGUGGGCGUCGACUCCCUUUUCUUUGCGCGCAAGAAUAGCACGCGGGAGUGGGGCCUGGCGGGCCUGGUCAUGCUCUUCUCCGGGCGGGUCCAGGGCAAAGCGGCCCACUUGCCCAAGGAGCAGGUGCUGCUCCUCUCGUGGAGGCACCUCUUCAUGAUGUGGCACGCAGGGCUCCGCGGGGGCAUCUCCCUGAUGCUUACUCUGGAGCUCGGCGAGUGGGUCGACCUGCAAAACGGCUUUGGGACCAGGGAUCGCCUGGUCGGCUGCACCGUCCUUGUCAUCUGCAUUUUCUUGCUGGUCUUCGGUGGCUCCUUUCCCUCCUCCUCCUAUUCCUCCUUCUCUUCCUCUUCCAUGCUCCUCCUCGUCCUCCUUAUCCUUUUUCUCCUCUUUGUGAAGCUGCUCAACUUCCCAAUGGAGCAACCGGUUGGGCCCGCUUGUUGAGUCAAGUCGGCAGACUAGGCUUUGGGGUUCGCGUUCAGAGUUAUCGAGCUGCUGGACGGCAUCAUCAAGUGGGGAAGGAGGGCCCGCCGCUUGACCAGUGAGUGCAAGGCUUGGAAGGCGACCCCCAAGCUCUCGAUGCACGGCUACAUCGUGUCGGACCCGCUGGCCUUUUUUAAGA